AUACAAUCGACUUGUAACGAAAAUGUUACUAUUUCUACUGAUUCCGUUUACCACUACGGCUACUACCGCAAUACUUUGUUAAGUGAUUCUGAACCACACCGGUCGUCCGGUUUUGGCAUUACAUUCCGUUUGAUUUACAUGAUAUUAAAAAUUAUAAACAUUAGUUUGUUUCACACUCCAUAAACGUAAUUAAUUUUCGUUCAUCCAAAUGAAUGAUUCCGAAGUAAACAUUUCGGCCUUCGAUGUAAAUGACAAAACACCGAUACUAGGAUCUCCAUUAAACAAAAAUGCAAGAUUACUGUCAAAACGAUGUCUUAUACUAGUUCUAGUUGGUGUCUUGUUAUUAUUCGCUGUUAUAGUUGCGGCCAUAGUCAUAUUUUCACAAUACUAUGAUUCCAAUACUAGAACCCCCGACCCAGAAUUUCCGUUGCCACCGUCAAGUAUGCCAAUGGGCUUGUACCGAAAAGUCGGUGUCGUCUCAAACGGUGGACCGUGUGCACAAAUCGGAGUGGACGUUAUAUCGAAAGGUGGAAAUGCCGUAGAUGCCGCAAUAGCCACAAUUUUAUGUGACGGCGUCUUAUGUCCUCAUCAAAUGGGUGUCGGUGGAGGUUUUAUAAUGAGUUUCUACAAUGCUACGACCAAAAAAAUAAUGUCGAUCAAUGCACGUGAAACAGCUCCAGCCGCAGCAACAACAAACAUGUUUGUAAAAGAUCCAAAUAGUUCUAUAAACGGAGGUUUGGCUGUUGGAGUUUUAGGAGCAUUUAAAGGUUAUUCAGAAAUUUAUAAAUUAUACGGUGGUGGAGUUCCAUGGGAAUCACUUUUUGAACCAACAAUAAAAUUAUGUGAAGAAGGCAUAAAAAUCAGUAAACAUCUAGAAAUAAGUUUGAAGGAUGAUGUAGAAGUUAUAAAAGCUGAUCCUAUGCUUAGAGAAACAUUUUUUGAUGAAAGUACUGGACGUUCAAAGAAAAUUGGAGAAAUUUACACGUUACCAAAAUUGGCAGAAACAUUAAGAAUCGUAGCAAAAGAAGGGGUAGAUGCCAUUUAUAAUGGAUCAUUAACAUCAAAAAUAGUAGACGAUUUAAAAGAAGUAAAUGGUAUUAUUACAAAAGAAGAUUUAGCAAAUUAUUAUGUUGAAAUCGAAGAAGCUUUUGCCGUAAAAUUAAAGAGCGGAUAUACGAUACACGCAGGGCCACCUCCUGGUUCUGGUAUAAUAUUAGCAUUUAUUCUCCGUAUAUUGGACGGAAUUUUACCAGCGCCCAAUGCUGGCUUAGACGCACACCGAUUGGUGGAGGCGUUCAAAUUUGGAUACGGUGAAAGAACCCAUUUAGGAGAUCAUAAAUUCGUAAACGUGUCUCAAAUUUACGAUAAAGUGAAAUCGGACAGUUACAUAAAAAGUAUACAAAGUAAAAUGUCUGAUAAUUUUACUUCGGGAGACCCUAAAUACUAUGGAGCCGACUUUUAUAUGCCAAAUAAUCAUGGAACCGCCAACUUGGCUGUAAUCGAUUCAAUGGGAAACGUUGUCGUGUGCACUAAUACAAUCAAUACACACUUCGGCAGUGGCUUCAUGUCUCCAAACACCGGUAUUAUUUUUAAUAACCAAAUGAAUGAUUUCUCGACACCGGGAGUCUCCAACCAUUAUGGAAUCCCAUCUUCGCCGUCUAAUUUCAUAAAACCGGGCAAACGACCAAUGUCUUCCAUGUGUCCAACUAUAUUUACCGACGAAAAUGGUGAUUUCGUUCUCGCGGCAGGAGCGGCAGGAGGUUCGAAAAUCACUCUUGCUACUUCCUAUGCAUCCGCUCUAAAACUGUGGUACAAUAAAACACUGAAAGAAGUAAUAGAUAAACCUAGAAUUUAUCACCAGCUUAUGCCUAUGCAAGUUCAAUAUGAAUACGGAACGACUAAGGAUGUUGUACAAAAACUUAAAGAUAUUGGUCAUACUGUAAUGAGAUUGAAAGAUAAUGGAGGUUCAGGUGGUUCAGCAGCAUCAGCUAUUGCCAGGACUCCGUCAGGAAUGAUCGAGGUUAUGCCAGAUUUCCGUCGAAAAGGAAAUUCGUCUGGAUAUUAAUAAAGUCAUAUUAAUUUAUUGUUCCAAUCAUGAUAAUGAAUGAUUAAAAUUAUUUUUUAAUUUACUA